UUUUCACAGUUAAGCUGUACUUUGUGCUGGUCUUCCGGGGAAAAUCUCAAUAAAACACCGUGUGAAAAUGCAAAGCAAGGUGGGAGUAUUUGUGACAGCAAAAGCGCAACAAGUAAUCGCUUCUCGUAUUUUGUCCCCUCCCUGCAGGUUAGCUGUAAGGUUCUGCACUUCUUCCACAUGUACAUGUUGGGCUGCAACUAUUUCUGGAUGCUCUGUGAGGGCAUUUACCUGCACACACUCAUCGUGGUGGCUGUGUUUGCAGAGGAGCAGCACCUGCACUGGUACUACCUGCUGGGCUGGGGCUUUCCUCUGGUGCCCGUGUCCAUCCACGCCGUAGCGAGGAAAAAGUAUUUUGACGACAACUGUUGGAUGAGCGUUGAGACCCAUCUGCUCUACGCGGUACACGGACCCAUAGUGGCAGCCCUUCUUGUCAACCUCUUCUUCCUGCUGAAUAUCAUAAGAGUGCUGGUGACAAAGUUGCGAGACACCCACCGAGCCGAGUCCAACAUGUACAUGAAGGCGGUGAGAGCCACCCUGAUCCUGGUGCCCCUGCUCGGGAUCCAGUUUGUCAUUUUUCCUUGGCGGCCGGAGAACCGUCUGGCCGGUGAGGUCUACGAGUAUGUCAUGCACAUACUCAUGCACUACCAGGGUUUGCUGGUGGCAACAAUAUUCUGCUUCUUCAAUGGAGAGGUGCAGGCGGCUCUGAAGAGACAGUGGAUGCAGUACAAAACCCAGUGGGGUCAGCGACGGAAGGACCACUGCUCGAUGCGCUCCACGUCCUACACGGCCACCUCCAUCACCGAGGUGCCGGCCUUCAUGUACCACCACGAGUGCAACGCCGAGCACCUGAACGGCUGCCACACGAAGGACUCGGAGCUGGUGGCGCUCAAAUCGGGAGACACGUACGCUUAGACUGCGCUUUAGAGUCGGAGCGCGACGGCAGACACACACCACGCCGAGUCAGAAAAGGAGAAAACGAUUCCGUUCUAGCCGCCUCAUCUCAGCGAAUAAGUCUCGGAGGCUAAUUUGUCCGGCACGGGGGGGGGGAGUGGAGGGGGUGAAUGUAUACGGGUCUGAGUCGGAGCGCUCGCCGGGGAGAGAGAGGAUUAGCUACGAGACUGAAGCAUUUUAUUUACACUUUACUCUUACGUUGCUGCUGCAGCUCUUUUUUUUUUCCCAGCCCCCCCGAGAACAUUGAUGUCGAGAACUUGCGAUGCGAGAGGAGAGAGCUGUUCAUGAUGUCUGCUGACUUUCUAAAGCUGCUAUUCUGUUGUGUGUGUGUGUGUGUGUGUGUGUGUGUGUGGCUCGGCUCACAGAGACAGAGAGGAAAUCAAAUUACUGCAAACUGGGGUGCUUUCUGUUCUUGACAACAGUACUAAAUGUGACACUUCAGUGGGUGGCGGUUCUAACGCUUUACGACUUCGACAAACGGAGUCGUACCAUUAUUAUUAUUAUUCCUAUCAAGCUGAGGACCACAUCAUUCCUGACCUCACCUAUACCAAAGGGUGCUGUUUGUUCAUCACAGCUACGAGGACGGAAAGCAGAGGUUCAACAUCCCUUCACACACGUUAAGUUAAUAUGACAUGGAAGACGUAACAUUUCUAGACACUAUUUUAUCCCUACAGUUCUGGAAUUAUGUACAUAUAUGUAUGUUAAAUUUUGUUUUCUUUGACAAAAGGUGUUUUCAGUGUUUUAAAAUGACUUUAUGCUUCAAUUUCUGUUUGCGUUUUACUUGUUAGUUCCUAACUCUGUGCUACCCGUGCGUCCCGUGAUGCUACAUUCCUGACGGCUUUGUUGUUUCAGAGUUGCUGUGUCUGUGCCGAUGCCGAAUAUCAACAGGGCUGAGAGGUAAAGUGCAUAUUCUAGACAGAAAAAAAAAGAGAGAGAGAAAGAUAUAAAGGGUUUAUCAGUCACAGGAGUUCAUUUUGCUGAGCUAAGUGGAGAGCGGCAUCAGCUUUGCCCGGAAGUCCUGAUAAAAAAAAAAAAAAAUGUAUUAUCGCUCCUUCUUGAAGCUCUCUGCGGUUCGUCCUCGGCCGUCGUAGCGGUGCGUUCCUCUGUCCUCCGUGCGUACAUGCAGGGGUUCGUUUCAUAGCCUUCUGUGUGACUGACAAAAAAGAUGUGGGCGCAAAUCUUAGUGUUACACUGAAGAGAACCAACCGAAGUCACAACUUUUACACGAGGGCACAAACGUAAUUUAUUAACUUAUUCUUUCCUUGUUUUCUCCACUCUCUUAAUUUAAACAGUUUUGGUUAACUGCUCUAAUCAUUGUGAAGAUUAAUGUUUUAAUUUUAGGCUUUUGAUGAUUCGUUUGAGCUAUUUUUGUGUCAGGAUGGAGUGAAAAAAAAAAUAAAAGUCUGUAUCCAAAUGUGUAGAAUAGCUGCCAAAGUUAACCUACAGCUAAAUUUGAGAAGUAAAAGGUUUUUCAAGUAAUGUUUUAAAGAUUGUUCCUACUUUAAAGUUGGAUCUUUACUCUUCACUGCCCCUGUCUUUACUUUGGGUACAUGCCGUCCGUCUGCCAGUCCGGAGCUGGAAUCUUAACCCUCUCAUUCUUCUUCAGCCCUGACGGUGCCUCACACUUUGACGGUGCCUCAAACACGGCAGAUAUGUUUCUAAGUACCUCUUCAGCCAUUCUGUUGUUGAAUUUGGUGCAUGUUUUACCUGUUUCCAUCUUACACCUCACAUUAAGUACCUUGCCUCUGCAGGAAAGGUAAGUAGGCCUUUCCUGCAUCUUGGGUCUUAAUGAUAUGGUUGACGCCGGUUUCUAUUGCUAUUCUGCUAUGUGCCUGUCGUUGGAUCUGGCAUGAGCAGCGCCUCAAACUAUUCCUCAAUCCAACCUUACCUCCCUAUUGGUAGGAAUUAUCAAUACCGGCCAAUCAGUCCGCAUGUGAUACAUGCUUAACCUUUCAAGAUGGUUCCUCUUUGUCCUUCUCUUGCGCCUUCGAUUCCUGUCUCCAGAGACAUUCACUUAGCAGUCCUCAAAGAGGGAGGCCACCUUCCUGAUGUCCUCCAAGACCUUUGCUGGGUUAUUCAGCAUGGUGGUUUUGAUGCUCAAAGGGUGAAGGGUUAGGUUUAGGUUUUCUCUUAUUGUUCAGUCUCGGGGUGGUUGACUUACAAUGAAACCCCCAUAAGGAACUUGCGGCCUGCUCAGCUAUCUGUUUGUUACGGCGUCUCCAUGGCCUCCACCUCUAACGGCAAGUCGUACACCUCUUUCAGCAGCUAUUCAGUCUGACGCCUUGACGAACUCUUCUUUAGGCUGCCUCUAGCUGUUUGAAAAACACAAAUCACGGCAGCAAUGUGACCCCUCAUCAAUGGAGAUCAACUCAUUAAACCUUAGAAGACACGGAGAGUAACUCAGCAGUGCUACGUUCGAGAUUUCUCCCAUUCUAAAGGACAGAACAAAGUGCGCCACUUCUCAGAAAACAUCUCCUCGGUAUUUAAUAUAAUGUCUUACAUCAGAUAUAUUUGGUCAUCCCUUCACAACAAAGUGCUGUUCUCAAUUUGGUUCUCUUCAAGCAUCACUGCUACGUAACAAACUCCCGUCAGUUCUCUCUCUUUCUCUCUCGAACCAUCUGUUGUACGUCAAUGGCAAGAAUUGACAAGCAUGGACUCGCUGCAGUUGCAACAUAACAUUGUCGGACCACAAAGCUGCCAAAGGAUUUGUUUUUGCUUCAUGAUCAGAACUUCUUUGGAUGGGUCUAGGAAGAGAGUGAUUUACACGGUCACUGAAACUUGACAAAUUUUUUUUACAUUUAAAACAAUCUUCAAAAAUCCCAGAGGGCUAUUACGCAAGAAGACCACAUUAAAUGAGUCAAAGAAAGUCAGGCUUCUUUGGAAAUCAU